ACUGCGAUGAUGGCGCUGCAGCUGAAGAACGGGGAUGCAGCGUACUACCAGAGUGCGGAAUACUGCAGAAAUUACACUUCGCCGCUUGUCAGCUACGGUGACAGCAGACAUUAUCUCGCCCGUUUGCCAGGCCCAGAAACCAUGUUGAAGCCUCCUCUGAGUCUCUUCAGCCAUCCCCAGCAGCCUUUCCACCACAUCGACUCUCUGCACCAGCUGGGACCUCCGCCAAUGGCGCCGACGCAGCCUCUCGGCCCUCCACCCCUUGCCCCUGCUCAGGCAAUUGGACCCCCAACUAUGGUUCCAACCCAGACCCUAGGGCCCCCUCACAUGACUGCUACUCACACAUUAAGACCUCCCCACAUUACCCCACCACAUAGUUUAGGCCCUCCUCCAAUGGCCCCAGCUCAGCCACUUGGGCCUCCACCAAUGGCGCACACCUUGGGUCCCCCACCUGUAGAUCACACACAAGCAAUAGUGCCUCCAACCAUGGACCUGAUACAACCGUUGGGGCCUCCACCUAUAAACCCUGCACAAGCAAUGGUGCCCCCACCUGUAGUGGCGCCCGGAGCCAGCCGAUACCCCCUCCCUCCCAGCCCCAUGUCCUCCUCUCUUGCUCCAUGCCCAGACCCUUCACACCUGCUCCCAAGGCCCCCAGGACCAGCUCUCAUCCCAGCCCCAAUGUCGUGCAUGCUCCCUGGUCCUCUGCCGGGUCAGGCAGCCCCAGCCAGUGAGCAGCCCCAGGAUGAGGGCUCUCUGCUUGGGAUGGAGGAGCAGGAAGACUCUCUGGGGUUGGGGGAAUUGUGUAAACCACUGUACUGUAAACUCUGCAACGUUACCCUUAACUCUGCUCAGCAGGCGCAGGCUCAUUACCAGGGGAAGAACCACAGUAAAAAGUUAAGAAAUUUCUACGCUGGCAGUCAACAGCCUCCAGCCAUCAGGAUCCCAGAGUCCCUCGAGGCGGCUGGCCAGACAUCCCUCAGCUCAGGAUCAAACGACAGUGACUAUAAGGGGGCAACCCGGGUCAUCUUGGCCACAGAGAAUGACUAUUGUAAGCUGUGUGAUGCCUCCUUCAGCUCACUGGCAGUUGCACAGGCCCACUACCAGGGCAAGAACCACGCCAAGAAACUAAGGCUGGCAGAGGCCCAACAGAACUCCAAUAACAUGGAAGGCAGCAAUGAGGCAGCCCCAAGAAGAAACAGGAAAGAUGGCAGUGAGUACAGACUGGUGAAAAACCGCCGCAGCCCACAGCUACCUGCUUCCAUGCCAGGGCCGUACUACAAUCCCAGACCGAGGCAGCGCAUCCCCAGGGACUUGGCCAUGUGCGUGACCCCCAGCGGACAGUUCUACUGCUCCAUGUGCAACUGCGGAGCCGAGCAGGAGACGGACUUCAGGCAGCAUUUGGAGAGCAAGCAGCACAAAGCAAAAGUGUCUGAGUUGAGAUACCGCCACGAGAUGGAGAACCUCGGCUACAGCUAAGAGACACAAGAGGGAAGGGAGGGGAAGAGAAAAGACAAAGAUUAGAGUAGGACAGAAAAGGUAGAGAAAUAAAAAGAGAAGACCAAAGUGAAGGAAAGCAAAUACUACCCCUGUGUUUGCGGGGCAUAUUUAGUGAAGGGAUUAGCCUAAAUGGCCUUAAGAUCUUGUUGCAAUUCAUUUGAUUUAUGCUUAAACACUUAAAUCCUCAUAUUUGACAUAAUGCUCUACCAUAUGAAGCUAUAAUUGGAUUUGAUGGAUUUAUUUGAUCUGGGUAUUACUCUUGAAAUUCAGUCUGUAUAUUGAAGCAGGCUGCGACACGUAUGCAGAGAACAGGAAUUUGAGAAAAUUAUGAACUUUUGACAUACAACUCAAAAAGUAUUUUUUAAGGCACCGAAUCAGAUCACAUUUUUGAUCCACUGCCUUUUGUUACACUUUCCUCUAAGGCUUUGCAUUCAGACUCAGGAUAGAGGUAAAUGCAAAUGAAUUGCAGAUAAAAAAAAAUGUUGACUACAGGGAGAGGACUCCAGAGAGCCAACAUGACAGGACAGGAGGCACAUUUGGGAAAGACAAGAACAUGCAGAGGGUUCAAGUAUAAAGAAAGAAUGCAAAAAUGUGGAAAAUAGAGAAAAACUGAUUGGUAGAAGUGAAAGAAAGCAUAGAGGGCAGAACAAGUCUCGUCCUCGGGGAAACAAUCAUCACUGAGGACAAAGUGUUUCCAUUCUUGAGUGUGAUUUAGCAUUUUGGGGACUUCAGGGCCACACAUUUAACGUCUUUAUACCCUAACACAGGUAAUAAAAACCCAAAGCACUAUUUGCUUAUUAAAAAAAAACAAAGCACAAUGAACAUCUUGUAGAAACAGUGUUACAUGAAUCUGUUAGCCUUAGCUAACCUCUUAGCUUAGUGGUCCUUUGGUGUGUCUUGGCUGAAGGCUACACCCUGGCUAGCCUUGUUUGUGCCUUUAGUGAGAAUUAGGCUAAAGAGUAAAACUUUGGCAAGCCAUUUUGACAUAUAGUGGAAACCAAUCUACACUAGUGAUUGGGUUUUUCUAUAGUCUGUGUCAUCUCUUUUCUUGUGAUAAAUCCACAUAAAUAUUAUGUAAAUAUUAUCAAAUUACAUUAUAGAUGUAAAUAUAGGAAAACACACAUGAAUACUAUCGAUUCUUUGGUUAAUGUUAGCCUGGCAUCCAUUGUAAAUACUCAAUCUAUUUAAUAAUUAUCAGGAAUCUUGUAUAAAGUGUGCACUGACUGAAUGUUUAUCUAUGAGCACUGUAUGUUUGUGUGAGGAUUUUACUGUAGGCCCUCUAUACCACUUUGGUAAAAAAUUCAAAAGUUACUCUGGUACCAUCUCGUUAGAAGCUGCUAGUUUCAUCAGUUUGACUGUGGUGGAGCGCCACACGCCAGGAGGGGCUGAACCUGACGCUUGAUCUUUUUCUUGACAACACAGUCAAAGUGUGAUGUAACCACGUGGGGAACUCAAAGUGAAGCCAAAAGCAUUUAACUUCUAAUUAGUUUGUAAACUGCAAAUGAACAUGUGCAGAGCUCAUGGAUGUUUCUGGUUGUAACACAUAUAAUUUAAUUCUCCCAAUCAAUCUUGAUUCCCAGAGGGGACAUAACCAGGUUUUACUGCAGUGUGAAGCGGCUGCAGAAAAGCAACGUGGAUUAGUCUGGAUUUGCAGACAGAUCCUUUUUAAUGCUGUUUUUUUUUACCCCAUAUGACCCAGGUCCAGCUUUUUCAGUGUUACACCCAUUCUAAAAAGACCAGUUAUGUAAUCGGAAUCAAAUUAGCUUUUCUGUUUCGGUUUAUUUGAUUAUCUGUUCCAGUCCAGUGGUGCUGAGCUGAACACAGUGCAGUCACAAGGCAUUUGAGUUAUACAGUCAUACUUUAAUGACUGAAAGUGUGUACUGCGCCUUUACGAUUGGCUAUGAUUUCCAUUCAGAGAAGACAAUGAGGGUAAAAAAAAUCAAUAUUAUAUAGAUUACAUAUAUUGUAUUGUUUGAAACAACUCUUGUUUUACAUAUUGCUGUUCUUUAAUCCUUUAAAUAGAAACAUUUAUUUUAUUUAUGCCUCAAAAGUAAUUUUAAGCAGCAGUUAAAAGGAUUUUCCAUCUAGACUUCAACAUGUUGCACCGGUACAGGAUACAAGGUUAGAGAUCUAUAGUUUAAAGGAGGAGGAAAGCCUUCCUACGUCACUUAAAAUAAGCUUUUCCAGCUAUUCCUGCAGAACAGCAGCAGUGCACACACACACACACUCCCACAUAAUUCAAUCAGCCAAAGGCCCGAUCAGGUCAUGUAAUCAGAAGGGUUAUAAAGUGAAAUGAAAGCAGCAUCCUGGUUUUGUUAGCAGUGGGGAGAGGCAGCUGUUCACAUCUAUCGGAGCACAGACACACACCUGAGGACACUCAGGAGAAAAGCACUGUGAGGACAAACUACUGUGUGGUGUAGGGAUUUAAACAUGUGAGAGAGACACAAACAGAGCACAGAAAAAGAAACGCAAGGCUACUUUACUACCCCACUGUGCUGUACGGUUUAAUAAAAAAGGAACAAAGAUGAGCUGAUGAAAGCAGAGCUGUAACAAAAGCUGUGGGUGAGACACAGCUAGUCGAGGAGUUCUUCACAUUAGACUGAGUUGCAUUCUGUUAUAGCACUCCUCCUCCUCCUCCUCUUCCUAGAAAUAACACGCUUUGUCUUACAUGAAAGAAUGGGAACCAUAACCUUUUAUUAUGUUGACAGGCUCACACUCCUCUGCAGCUACUGAACACCUUCAGCAAACGUAUGAAAUAAUGAAGUGCAAAGGAACAGAGGAAAUGAGGAGAUCAAACUCCUAACAGACAAAAGGCAGUGCCUCGUGAGCUGUUAAAAUAAGACAGUAGCCUGGAAACCUUUUUGUUUCUGUUCAGUCACGAAUUUGGACUCUCUAAACCAGUGGUUCAUAAAUGUUUGGUUAAAAAAAAUCUACUUUAGACUCCUCAUUAGAGAUUGUGGCCUCAGUGUGGACAACCAAAGCCAAAAUUUUCCUUGUCGGAUUUUUUCUUUUUUUUUUUUCAAGCAACUGUCCUUGUCCCUCAAGACCUAUCUUUUUAGUUUGUUUUGCGUAUCUUCAUACAUAAAGGUUACUUUCAUUAAAUUUUAUAUCUGAGAUACUGAAACCCUUUAUACGUCCGCCAGUGUUUUGUUUUUGUUUGUCAGCAGGAUUACAAAAAAAAGGAAUGGCCUGAUUUUCAUCAAACUUGGCAGAAAGGGAGAAACCAUUUAAUUUUGCGGCUGGUCUGACUCAUGUGGCGGACACACAAAUUAUUUUUCUUUUCAAUAGUAUUGCGAGAUUGGGCCUGGCCUUGAUGUAGGUCUGUGCUAACUGUGCUCUUCUAAUAUCCCCUUUUUGGGGGGCAUUUUCAG